AUGGCUGCGCCCUGCUCCUUCCCGCUGCUGGUCAGGGGGUCCUGGGACCCCGACCCUCCGAAGAACCUCUCCAUUAAGUUGCAAGUGUACUUCCAGAGCCGGAAGCGAUCGGGAGGCGGGGAGUGUGUGGUGCGCGCGGAGCCGGGGAGCCCGUCCACCUUCGUGGUGCUCUUCUCCAAUGAGGACGUGCGGCAGAACGUUCUGCAGAGAGGGAACCACGAGUUAGUGUGGCCAGAAAAAGGAACUUUCAGGCUAACUGUUGAGUUGCCCACACCCCCAGAUGAAGUCCAGGAUGACCAUGCAGAGCAAGUGCCAAGCAGGGAAUCUGUGCCCAAAGAAGACGCCAGAGAACCAGAAGUAUCAAAAGAAUCGGAUACAGAAGUCUCCCUCAACAGAAGAGCAGAAAAACUGGACGCUGUGCCAAAAGAAUGUGAAGAUAUUCCAUCUUUGGUGGUAUUUGAAAAUCUCCAGGAAAAUGUGACUGACAUUAUGCUAACCCUGUUAGUGGAGAAUGUCAGUGGUCUGUCAGCAAACAAUGAUGACUUUCAGGUGGAAUUCGUACAAGAUCUUAAUGUGGCGGUAGUUAGCUUUAAAAAACAAAUAGAUAUCCUGAGAUUUAUUGAAGUUUGUACCAGAUAUUCAGCUAAGCAACUCCAGCUUUCUCUAAGACCUCUGGAAGUGACAAAAGUCAUCAGAGUUGAAAACCUGCCGCCUGGUGUUGACGAAUGCUACUUAAAACUUUUAUUUGAAAAUCCCCACAGUGGAGGAGGGACUAUUGAGAGAAUUCAGUAUUUGCACAAAGAGAGUUCGGCGCUAGUAGAAUUUUCUGACAGAAAAGUGUUAGACACCAUCAUGACCAAAAAAUUUACCUUCAAAAAAAUGCCUCUUUCUGUGUUCCCGUACUAUCCUUCCUUGGGCACGGCUUUAUAUGGCAAGGAGAAGCCUCUGAUCAAGCUCCCAGCACCAUUGGAAGUGCCACUGGGUCUUCCCUUAUGGAAGUUCUUACAGAAAAAGAAUCACCUCAUUGAUGAGAUAAAUAGUGAAAUGGAGCGUUGUCAUUGUGAGCUAAUCUGGCCCCAGCGUGAUGGUGUUAUCGUCAUUAGGCCUGCACCCACUUUAGUGGGUCAAGGAAGACAAAGAAUCUAUUCAUGGAGUGAGGACACUUCUAGAACAUUCUCUAACAUCAUAGCAAAAUACCCAGUUAUCACAUUUGACGUGGCCCCAGUAGUGUGGGAGUCCAUCAAAAAUGACAUAGAAGAUGACGAGGUUUUGAUUGAAUUUGAUGCACUUGUGGAGAAGGUGACCUUUGUGGGGAAAUCAGAGGAUAUACAAAACAUUGAACCACAAAUCAAGAAAUCAGUAGAGACCCUCACUGAGAAAAUGAAAAAGGAACAGCAAAGCUUGAAAGAAAUCAUGUCCAUUUCUCUAGCAAGAUACUCUCUUUUGUGCUGCAGUGAUCUGCUGGAGAAGCUACGAAAGGAGUGCCCAGAGGUGGAGAUUUCUUAUGAUGCAGACACAGGACAUCUGUGCCUUAAAGGGCUCCGUGCUGACGUGUAUAAAGUCAAGUGUGAAAUUCAGGAAGUGGUGCACACGAUGGUUCAGAAAAACGUUCAAGUUCCCUCUGAGGUUUUCCAGUUUCUGCAAAAGGUAGACUGCCAACAAUUCUCUAAGUCUCUUUUUAGAGACAAGAAAAUCCUUGCCACAUAUGAGCUUAAGGAUGCGUCUAUACUGCUGACUGGCAGUUCUCCUCAAGAUUUAACAGAAGCUGAAAAGCAAAUGGCCAGUGACUUAACUUACAAACGCAUUAUAGUUGAGGACAAGAAUGUUCUUAAACAUAAAAGAUGGAAAGCCCACAUUAGCAAUUUGCUUAAAAAACACAACUCUCCCUCAAAAACAGUAAUGAUUGAUGAGUUAACGUCAGACACUAAAGCUGAAGUGAUCAUUGCAGGCUGGGUGAGAAAGGUCAAUGAAAUCUAUCAUUUGCUUUUUGACUUUGUAGAAAAACACACAAAAAUAGAGAAAGUGGUUGAACUAAAAUCCUUCAUAGUGGCUCAGUACUUAAGGGGAGAAAAGAGGCAGACCUGGUCAAACAUAAAGAACAGAAAUGUGCAGCUAACUUUCAGACUUGAGAACAAGCAAAAAGCCAUUUUACUAACUGGCCCCAAGAAUGAAGUCCUGGAGGCAGUGAAGAUUAUCCAGAAAACCCAAGAGUCUGUCUACGUGAAAAGCAUCAGCAUUGAAAAACCAGGAGCCAAGCAUUUCUUUCAGGAUAAAGAACGAUAUUAUAGGAGUGAGGUCAGACAGAAAUUUGGUUGUUACAUCGGGCUCCAGGAAGAGGAAACAAAGGGAGACGCAGGUGGAAAGCAGUGCCGGGUUAGGGCCAGCUUGGCUCCUGGUGUCUCGCUGCUGGUCCACCAGGGUGACUUGACACAGUUUCCCGUAGAAGUGGUGGUGAAUGCUGCAAAUGAAGACCUCAAGCACAGUGGUGGCCUUGCUGCUGCGCUUUUAAAAGCUGCUGGCCCUGAGCUCCUCCUUGACUGUUUCGAGAUAGUGAAAAAGAAGGGCAAGGUCCAGCCUGGUAACGCCGUUGUCUCAAUACCUGGAAAGCUCCCAUGCCACCGUUUGAUCCAUGCAGUUGGGCCCAAGUGGAAGACAGAGGAGGCACAGAGCUGUAUUGACCUGUUGAAAAGAGCGGUGAGAGAAAGUCUCCGUUUAGCUGAGAAACACCAGCACCGGUCCAUAGCCAUCCCAGCUAUUAGUUCUGGAGUCUUCGGCUUUCCUUUAGACCAGUGUGUGGAGACUAUUGUUUUGGCCAUCAAGGAAAGCUUCCAGCCUAACCAGAGCGGAGGAUCCUUGAGAGAAAUUUACCUUGUGGAUUCAUCCCAGAAGACUGUUGAGGCUUUUGCUGAGACUGUGAAAAUGCUAUUUAAAGACACAGUGUCUGAUAAUGCUUCUCCACCCAGUCUACCAUUAGCCGAUCAACCGACACCAAGAAAAGAUCCUGAAAUUGGCAGCAUUCUGAUAUCCCAUGAAGGCCUGAGUAUCCGUCUAGUGAUAGGAGAAGUGCGGGAUGUAAGGACCGAUGCCAUUGUCAACUCCAUCUCCUCGGAUCUUGUGCUUACUAACGGGCUCCUUUCUCGAGCUAUCUUAGAAAAAGCUGGGCCAGAGCUCCAGACAGAGUUGGACCAACUCAGACAAAAUGUGCCAGUCAAAACGGGCACAGUUCUCACAACCGGUGGCUAUAAUCUACACUGCCAGCUUGUGCUACACGUGGUGCCUCUGCAGUGGGGAAGUAAUAACACAUUGUCAAGAAAGAUUAUGAAAGAUAUAAUCAGAGACUGCUUGCAGAUGACAGAGACCUGGUACUUGGAAUCCAUUACAUUUCCAGCUAUAGGAACAGGAAAUUUGGGAUUCCCUAAAACCUUAUUUGCUGAAUUAAUAAUUUCAGAAGUACUCGAAUUUAGUAGCAAGAAUCAGCUGGACACUUUAAAGGAGGUUCAUUUUCUGUUACACCCAAGUGAUCAUGGAACUAUUCAGGCAUUUUCAGAUGCAUUUGCCACAAGGCUUAGUGGAAAUCCCAUCAGUGACAAAAUUCCCACGGCUGCAGAUACACAAGGCUUAUAUGGAACUGUCUCUAGCCCUAAUUUAGAAGUGCAUGAGAUGAAGAUUGGCCCCAUCAUCUUCCAGGUGGCCUCUGGAGAUAUCACCAAAGAAGCAGCAGACGUGAUUGUAAAUUCAACAUCAGCAACAUUUAGUCUCAAGUCAGGGGUCUCCAAAGCCAUUUUAGAAGGUGCUGGACCAGAUGUGGAAGUGGAAUGCUCUCUUCAAGUUCAACAGGGCAAACACAAUUAUAUAAUUACCAAAGGUGGACGUUUGAGGUGCAAGAAUAUUAUUCAUGUAAUUGGAGGAAAUAAUGUCAAGAAAUCUGUGACCUGCAUUUUGCAAGAGUGUGAAAAAUUGAAUUAUGAGUCCAUUUGCCUCCCAGCCAUUGGAACCGGGAGUGCCAAGCAAGACCCAGAUAUAGUUGCUAAAGCUAUGAUGGAUGCCAUUGAAGAGUUUAUCCAGAAAGGAUCUGUCCAUUCUGUGAAGAAAGUAAAAGUUGUUAUCUUCCUGCGUCAAGUCCUGGAUGUCUUUUAUACCAACAUGAAAAAAAGAGAAGGGUCUCCAUUUUCUCCUCAACCAUCGAGGCUGUCUAAAUUUGCAUCAUUUUUAGGUUUGUCACGACAACCUAAAAAAAACCCAAGUCCUAUGGUUUUAAAAAAAGAAGCAGAAUCAGCAGUUUUCCAGGUGUGUGGUGACAAUGAAAGAAAUAUAAGAAACGCUAUCUCCUGGAUUCAAGAUCUGAUUGAAAAGGAACAGUUUACUUACACCAAUGAAGAUGAGUGUAUCAGAGACUUUGAUGAAAAGAAUGAUCAGGAAUUGAAAACACUGCAGAAGACCUUAAAUAUUGACCUUUUCCUGGACUACCAGAAACCUUUGAUUAAGGUUUGUGGAAUUACCAGGGAUGUCAUGACAGCUUCACGUAUGAUCGAGGAUAUAAUCAAGAGAGUUAGAGGAGCCAAAGAACAGGAAUCUCAGGCUAACUGUAUCAGUGAAUUUAUAGAAUGGCAGUAUAAUGACAACAACACAUUUUGUUCAUUUGACAAAAUGACAAACCUGCAGUUGGAGAAUGCAAAAAGAGCAAAGCAAAAGACAGUUAGUGUCAAAAUUAAAAAUCAGAGCUACACUGUGGACUUACAUACACGCACUGCUACAAGUGCAAAUGGACACAGCUUACCUGUUCAGCGCCUCUGCAAAUUUGAAGUUGAGACCCCCACAAACUGGACUGAUAUGAAGCAGCAGACUUCCUGUGUGGUGAAGCUACAGCCUGGUAAUCCUGAGUAUAACAUUGUGGCCAACAAGUUUAAUGAGUCUUGCUCCAACUUCAGAAUAGUGAAGAUUGAGAGGGUCCAGAAUCCAGAUCUCUGGAAUUGCUACCGGGCAAAGAAAAAAACCAUGGACGCCAAGAAUGUUCAGACUUCUAAUGAGAAGCUCCUCUUCCAUGGGACAGAUGCAAGUUCAGUGCCAUAUGUCAAUCAAAAUGGCUUUAACCGCAGUUACGCUGGCAAAAAUGCUGUGGCAUAUGGAAAGGGAACCUACUUUGCUGUCAAUGCCAGUUACUGUGCCCGUGACACAUACUCCAGACCAGAUGUAAACGGGUUCAAGUAUAUGUACUACGUGCGGGUCCUCACUGGAGUUUACACGCAUGGAGAUAGUUCCUUAAUUGUGCCUCCUUCAAAGAACCCUCAGGAUCCUACUGACCAGUAUGACACUGUCACAGAUAAUGUACAAAACCCAACUUUAUUUGUUGUUUUUUAUGACUACCAGGCUUACCCAGAGUACCUCAUUACUUUUACAAAAUAG